CUUCAUGGUGGUGGGCGAGUCGCUGCUGGGCGCUCAACUGCAUUUCGCGGGUGCGCUGGUGGACGAGUGUGUGUGGCAGGGCGGAGGGGAGGGGGACAGGGGAGAAAAGGAGCCUCCGGUAGUUGCUCCAGCAGAGACUUUACAUCUGCGCCCUUCAGAGCACAUCUCCCUUCCCUGGGGCGCGCUGCUCAUCCGCUGCGCCUUCAACACGUCAGUGGGCAGCAACAGCAGAGGCGGCGUGCUUUCUGUAUUGAAGCGCUCAGAGCAGCAGCGGCAGCGCCGUAGCAUCGCCCACGAGCACUCCCAUGCAGUCGGCUUCGACGUGGAAGCCACCUCCCCCCUCACCCUGCAUACCGCCGCCAUGCCCGUUUUCCGGGAGAAACCCGGCGGCUUCGAUAUAGUCACAUCCCCGCUUAAGUACAACCUGACCCACUGCAGCGGGUCGCUCUUUGGGCACAUCGAUCCGCGGGCGCUGGGGGAUUGGCUUCGGUACCACCACAGGGUUGUGGGCGUGGAGAAGUUUUUUUUCUAUGAUCACGGAGGGCUCACUGUGGAUAAUGAUACGGCGACAGUGGUGGCGCCUUAUGAGGAGACGGGGGUGGUGACUGUAACGAGGAUGAAGGGUGGGCGUCAUUUCGUGUCGUACUAUUCGCAUCAGAUUAUGAAUCAGAACGACUGCCUGUAUCGCUCGAGAUUCCUCACCAAGUGGCUGCUCUACACGGACCUCGAUGAGUACAUCUUCACGCCGCCGCCCGCCACCUUCCUCUCGUGGCUUGACCGCCUGCCGAGCAACGCUUCAUGGGCGAGCAUGGGGUCGUACAUGCACAGCAUCAACACCUGCAGCCAGCCGCACCACGGCAAUGCCACUAACGAGUCACAGCUCUUAGUGGAGCAUCUGCCUUGGAGGGCCGAGAUGCCUAGCUGCUCUGAUCGGGCCAAGGCGUUGGUGUGCCCGGGAGCGCAGGGGAGGAGGAAGCAGGUGGUGGAUCCGAGGAGGAUUAACAUGGUAUCAGUGCAUCGUGUGGAGAACCCUUGGGAUGCGUAUGGUGUCGACUGGAAUGCCUCAUUUGCCGAGCCUAUGCCGAAGCUGAUGCAUUUCCAAGGCCUUCCGCGCGGAGCGGCGGGGAUGGCGGAGGAGGAGGAGCUGGCGAUGGGGUCGGACGACGACGCCGACGCGGAGAGCCCCGAGGAGAUCCUCGCCAAGAUCGACGACCGCUCGCAGCGCGUCGCGCACUUCCUCUCCGAGGGUCGAGUGCCAGAGGCGCUCAAGGCGGCUGUGAGCGACCCGCCCAUCGCCACGCGGGACCAGAAAUGCAAGGAUGCCAACUGGGAGGUGGUGCAGCGGGCGCUGGUGGCAGUGGAGGAUGUGGAUGGGGCCAUUGCAGGGCUCAAGUCCGAGGGGUGUGACACACUUAUGCGGUACCUGUACCGCGCACUGAGAACAGGGGAUGCAUCGCUGUGCGCGCGGGCGCUGCGGGUGCAUGAGAAGCUGACGGAGAAGGCAGGGCUGGGCUGCAUCAUGCGCGUUAUGGCUGAUAGGAAGCACACUGUGUAG